GUGCACACUGUUUGUGAGUGUGUGGAGGUGCUCGGCUCAGGGCUGGGAUUUCGGCUUAAAUAUUCAAAAUGGCGGACGGAGGAGCAGCGAGUCAAGAUGAGAGUUCAGGACCAGAUGUUAAAGUGAAUAAUCAGUCAGGAACUACUAAAUGUGCAAUGGACAGCAGUGACAACACCGGAAUCCACAGCAAUGGAUUGGACUUUCAAAGGCAGACGAUGCCAAAUACCAGUGCACUCACAAAUGCACACGCACAAGCCCUCCUGCAACAGUUGACCCUGACUCCAGCUCAGCAGCAGCUGUUGAUCCAGCAGGCCCAGGUGCAGGCCCAGCUCCUGGCAGGACUGGCAGGACAGCACUCAGCCAGCCAGCAGAACAGCACCACAGGGGCCAGCAUCUCCGCUUCUGCUGCCACUCCCAUCACACAACUGCCCUUAUCUCAGCCCAUCCAGAUCACCCCUCAGCUACAAACUUUGCCCCAAUUUGUUUUGGUCCAGCCCGGCCACCACAUCACUACGCCUCUGUCCACCCAGCUCAUCAUCUCUCCAACACAGCCGGGUCAGCAGGGCAUAUUGCAAGCCCAAAGUCUUUUAACUCAACUACCUCAUAGCCAAGCUAACCUCCUGUCUACUCAAGCAAACAUCUCCCUUGCAACUCAGCCUGCAACCCCAACCCGCACAACCACAGCUACUCCCAAUAUUGUCCACAGCCAAACCCCCCCAAAGCGCUUGGAUACCCCCACCCUAGAGGAACCCAGUGAUCUGGAGGAGCUGGAACUGUUUGCCAAGACCUUCAAACAACGACGUAUAAAACUUGGUUUCACACAGGGUGACGUGGGCCUGGCAAUGGGGAAGCUGUAUGGAAAUGAUUUCAGCCAAACUACCAUCUCACGUUUUGAGGCCUUGAAUCUAAGCUUUAAGAACAUGUGCAAACUUAAGCCACUGCUGGAAAAGUGGUUGAAUGAUGCAGCUGUUUGUGCAGAGAAUCUGACGUCCGACCAGGCGCUAUCCAGCCCCAGUGCGCUGGGCUCCCCAGGCAUGGGCAUAGAAGGCAUCAACCGCAGGCGCAAGAAGAGGACCAGUAUUGAGAACCACAUCCGAGUGGCCUUAGAAAAGAGCUUUCUAGAGCAGAACCAAAAACCUACCUCUGAAGAGAUCACCAUGAUUGCUGACCAGCUGAACAUGGAGAAGGAGGUCGUCAGAGUUUGGUUCUGCAAUCGUAGACAGAAAGAGAAGAGGAUUAACCCCCCAAGCAGUGGAAAUAGUGGAGGCAGCACCCCCAUCAAAACCAUUUUCACACCCAACAGCCCCCUGGUGGCUAGUACAGCGAGUCUUGUUAGCAGCCCAACUAUUAGCACACCCACCACUCUGACAGUAAACCCUGUGAUCCCACUCACCAGCACCAGUGUCUCCUCUUUGCCUUUCACAGCCACUACAGUUGGAGUCACAAACACUGCAUCCGUCAUCUCCACUGCACCUGUUGUAACCACGGCAACCAGCUCUCCAUCCCUCAGUCCUUCCCCAACCAUACAGGCCACCACCGCAGAGAGCAAACCAGUCUCCCAGGCUCACACCACGCCUGCCCACACUGCGUCUUCCAUUGCCACUUCUCUGGAGGCGGGCCAGGUGAUGGUGUCUGCCCCGGGGCUGUCCGCUCUGCAGGGUGCCACUCAGUUACCCACCAGCGCUAGCUUUGCCGCCAUGGCUGCAGCGGCUGGAUUCAACCCUGGUCUGAUGGCAUCUUCACAGUUUGCACCAGGGGGGGCUCUCCUCAGUCUGGCUCCUGGUGGCCUUGGUGGUGCACUCAUGAACAACAGUACACUAGCAACAAUACAAGCAGCUCUGGCCUCCAGCACAAUCCCCAUCACUUCUCUGGAUGGUAGCAACUUGUUGUUCGCCAACACCAGUGCCGGUAACACGCCCAACUUGGUGACAAACCUGUUCCUGCCCCAAAACCUGUCACUGCUCACUCAGGCUAAUCCAGUGAGUUUAGUGUCGGCGGGGACAGGGGGGCUGCAGGUCACCACUGACACAACUGGAGCUGUGCCUGUGCAAGCCUCAACUAUUACUACUGCCUCCAAAGCUCAGUGAAGCCGGCCAAGCUGCAUCACAAACCACACCCUAUUACAUAUAUCGUGCACUACUUCUAUCUCACUUUGUAGGCAAUAGGGAGGUCCUUAACGAAAUGUGCUUCACUAACCACCGUACAUUCUUUUAUUCUUUCUAUUUAACUUUUUUGCUGCCACCAAAAACAACCUCAAUUGAUAUUAGGGUUGGAAUUUUUUGUUUUGUAAAUCUUUUUUUAAUAUAUUUUCUAUUUUUAUUAUUCAUUUUUCCCCAACGGUAACCAUGCAGUUACUGUCUUGUUUUAUAUGAAUCAUGACAAAUGUUCAGGUAGAAACAAGUCAUUGUCAUCAGGCUGUUGAGUAUGGACAGAGCUCUGAUCUCUCCUGACAGUCUAACCCAAAAGCAAAUCAUUUUUUUAAUAUCUUCAGCUGAGUUUCUCGCAUCACUAUUUUUCGACAGGCAUCAUUUUAAACCUUAUCAUAGUAGUUCUACUACAUAACAUUUUAAGUCGCAAUUUAAGUUAACUAUAAUCUAUUAUUUCAAAUGUGGUUAUAAGGCUUUAAAAACAGUAAUAAGUGGCCGAUUAUAAAGGUUAUCAUUGCUUUAAAGGUCAGAGGGACCAGAUCUGCUCGUCUGGAAACAUUGAGUUUUACGCUGCCUUGGUGGUCGAGUUGCCACUAAGCCUUGUAAAAUCCAGAUGUAGGUGCAGGCCCUGGACUCUGAUAAAAUGCUUAAGAGCUUUAGGAGAAACUGCAACAAGCAGUCUGUUUUAUACUGGGUGACUGGUGGCCAUUUGCCAAGAUGUAGAUUAUUUUAAGAUUCAACCUGAACGUCUGUAGUGCUGUCUUCAACUUGGACCAGCGCUGAAAGUCCAAUAACUGAUGUAGGGCUUGUGGAUGAUUUUAUCAUACCACAAGGGUGUGUAUUGGCUUGAUAGAGGUAAUGUAUUGUAUUUACUUUGUGAUAGUAGUACUGUUCUAUCUACUUGUGCACAGUAUCUGUACCAAAAAACUGGAUUGAUGAGCUGCAGUCUGUUGCGUGGAAAGAAACUCUUGUCUACAGUCAUAUGACUGGCUUAUGUGCUUUUAAGAUAUACCAAAAAUAUUUGUUCAGAUAUUCGCUGUUUGUUGUUGGGGUAGCUUAGUCUUGUCUAUUUAUGAGUACAAAAUCUUUCCUUGUCAAUUGAAAAUAGAAAUGCAAUAUUUUUAUGACGAUUUUCCAAAGAUUUUUUUUUUUUUUAUUGAGUGUCUCUGAGCAUGACCUAAUUGGCAGCCCAAUGACCAAAAACUGGGAUGUUGGUGAACUGACCUUUUUUUUUUUUUUUUUUAAUUUUUUU